AUGUACUUUUAUAAUUCUUUACUUUUAAUUAGUAACAUUCUUUUGUUAAUAGUACACACACAAUCUCAAGAUCCAAACGGAAUUGGAAUAUCGGCAUGUGGUUUUUAUGGUGCUCGCGCUGAGGAUUGUGGUUUAUCGGAUGUUCCAAUUACAAAAGCACCAGCGACUUGCCUGUCUAUAUUCUUCGAUGGAGUUAAUGUGGAUUUAAGAUACCACAUUGGUUUACCCUGCAUGUGUCGUCCGAAUCUUAAUCAAUUAGUAUACUUAGACAAAAUAUUGAAGAUGAAAGGUUCUAAACGUGUAUUUUUGCUCUACGGUCAUACAACUAUACAAGAAUGGACUGCAAUGCUUGCUUGUGAAUCUUGUAACGGAGGAACUAAUUCGUUAGAUGAAAUGAAAGGAUUAAAAGCUUUUUUGGACGAACAUCCGGGGAUCGAUGGUCUUGUUCUUACAAAUUUAGAGUUUAAUGAAGAUUCUUUUGAAUUUCCGGGAUAUUCUGAAAAUUUAAAAACAUAUCUCGAGGUGAUGAAAAAAAGUUUUCCUGAUUUGAUUGUUGGUCUUGAUUUAUCAGGACGAUUUCUAAUAGAUCAGUUUACCAACCCGAAGAUACCUUGGUUGGAUAUAACUGUAAUAGAUUCGGUUACGGAUUUUUACGUUGUUUCUGUUGUAUUCUUGAACGAAUGCACCGGCAAUGACUUCAGAAAUGGAAUAGCUCCAAUGACUGCAUCAUAUACAAAUUAUACGUUGGAUAAAUUAAAAGAUGUCUUAAAGCAGGCAUGUAUUCCGAAAGAAAAAAUACAUUUUAAAUUUAAAAUUAACCCAACAUCUGAUCCCAACGAUUCACUUAUGUAUUGUGAUUUAACCAUGGAGAAGACAUGA